AUGAAGCUCCUGAUUCUGCCGUCGCCGACAUUCCACCCUCUGCUGUACCGUACCGAGGACCAUCGCGGGUACUGCGCGUAUCCUUACGAGUUGAUUGCCUUGGUUUCUGGUCAUGUCGUCAUCUGCGACCUCGCCGACAGCAUUGGUCGUGAUAUCACGAUCAAGUUAGCCCGUACACUUCUGAGAUUGCACGCUUCGGCCGUUGUCUUCGUCGAACCAGAAAAGGUUGGAUAUACCAUUGAUUUGUACGACUUCGGCCCAUUGAGUCAGCUCAUUCAAGUGACCCACAAGCAGGGUGAGAUCCUGAAGAAGUUCGCGUCAGGCGGGCCGGUACGCUAUGCCCUCGUCAACUGGGAUGUAGGCACGCAGGAUUCGUCGCCGGCGCCUACGGUGGCUGACUUCUCGGGGCGUGGCUUGAGCAAGUGGAGCCCCGGCGUCCUCAAGCCGGAUCUGCUGGCUCCGGGGCUCAACAUCCUCGCCGGCGUGCCCGCGAGACCAGAGGCGUUCGCUUUCAAGUCGGGCACCUCGAUGGCCACGCCCCAUGUGAGCGGGCUCGUGGCACUUCUGAAGAGGGUGCACCCGACGUGGAGUCCGGCCAUCAUGAGGUCAGCGCUGAUGACGACAGCCUCCACCCGAGACAACAGCGGGGGGCGCAUCAUGGACGAGCAGCGGGACCCGGAUCCUGCUGCCCUCUACGCGACAGGCGCUGGCCACGUCGACUUGGCCAGGGCCAUGGACCCUGGCCUAGCCUACGACAUCGACACAGCACAGUACAUAGGCUACUUGUGCUCCAACUUCGGCGAGAUGGCGAUGCGGGCCGUUACCCGCAACAGCUCCGGCCUGUGCUCCGAUCAUGAAGGUGUGCCCCAAGAACAACUCAACUAUCCAAGCAUCGUCGUGACCUUGUUCCAGCAGCAGCAGCUCGUGGUCAGGACACUGACCAACCUGCAAGCCGAAGGCCUGCCGGAGGUGUACAAGGUGGCGGUGGCCAUGCCCGGUUUGGUGUUGGUCGACGUGGAACCCGCCGAGCUGAUUUUCACGGCGCAGGGACACAAGCAGUCCUACUCCAUCCGAGUCGCCCUGAUGCCCAAGGUCACGUUCGUCAAGGGAGCCGUCUUCGAGGGCUCAAUCACUUGGUCGUCAAGCCGCCACGUCGUCCGAAGCCCGAUGGUCGCCGUCGUCGACCUGUAAGCUGGGGAAGACGACUGAAGUGAAGCAAGGGAAGGAGUAGUCGUGCGUUUGUUUCCUGUUGAUCUGUCUGCUGCGAGUAGCAUGCAUGUUCAUUUUUAUUUUCUUCUUCGUUAACGUUGCAUUCAUAUACGUACUAGCACAAAUGCCCGUGCGUCGCAACGGGAGAAAAAUAACAGGCUGCUGAUGACAAAAAUGGAAGGCUGCUGAUGAC